AUGAAGCGCGUUCUAACUCUCAUCCUCGUCUUUCUCCUUCUUUUCGCCCUCACCCUUGCUCUCCCACCACGCCACGCUCGCCUGCACAAAUUCAAACACAAGCGACAAUUGGAAGAAGAGUUGCUCGUUGGAGCCGAAGACUCCGUUGAACUAUUUGAUCAUCCCCGAAUCCACGAUACGUCUGAAAAGAUACACGAGGCUGCUGAACAGAAGAAUAUCACCGUUCAGCAUCUUGAAGAAAUAAAGAGGAAAAAAUUGAGGAAACUGCAGAUUUUGAUGUUGGACAGGAAGAAGUUUGAACAAGAGAACGUAUCGGAGAGGCGAAGAUUGAAGGUUGAAAGAGGCGGAGAGGGGGGUUGA